UGGGAUUUCCUAAAUGACUGGAAAUCAUUCACUCCUGAGUACAUGACAAGUAUAUAAGAGAUACACACAAGUGCUUAUGAACUUACAAAACUCUCAAUAGCUACUACAUCGCUUAGAGGCACUAAUCAACAGAAUGAUGAAGACUUUGCUGGUGGCUCUUGUUCUUGCUCUGGUGUUGAACUAUGGAUCUGCACUGAAAUGCAACCACUGCGUUCCUCAGUCUGGAACACGCUGCACUCCAUCUCAAGAGACAUGUGGCUUUGGAAAAGAUGCCUGUAUAGCGGCCAGAUUCAACUUCCCUCCCUUCAUGGGCUUUCGGAGAUGCAGCAGUAUGACAGAGUGUCUUCUUCUCCAGAGUAACACCGCCAUGAAGAUUAAAUGCUGCCAGUCGGACCUCUGCAAUAACGUCAUCUUUUCAAGAAUGAUGAAGGUUCUGCUGCUGGCUCUUGUUCUCACUCUGGUGUUGGCGAAUGGCUCUGCCCUGAAAUGUAACAGGUGUGUCCCCGCCAGACCUGGAGGAAGUUGUGUGACCACCAAGGAGACGUGUGGCUUUGGACAAGAUGCCUGUGUAUCUGCAGAUUCACCACAUAUCCCUUUUCCUACUUUCCGGAGGUGCAGUAAAAUGGGAGAUUGCUUGAUUCUUCAGUCCAGCCCUUAUAUUACAGCCAGGUGCUGUCAGACGGACCUGUGCAACUAAUACCCCUGUCAUUUAAACACAGUCUUAAAGAGAAAAUGACUCAAACUGGUGGCAUUAAAGGAGUGCAUGUCACACAUAUACUGCAUACAUUAGUAGAACUACUUACUAAUGCAAGACCAAUAAUAGAUUAAUGUUUAAUUAACAUUAGUGUGAUUCUGUAGGCUACUAUACUGCACUUUUUUCAUGUUUGUAUUCAUUAGCUAUAUUCAUACCACAGCCAAACAUUUUGCAUGAAUAAAAUGUUUCACUAAAGACA